AUGCUAGUACUUCUCCUUGCAGUCACUUUAACGUUGUCUGCACAGACGGACGAUCUUAUAGUCCUCCCGCGGUCCGAGGAUUCCAAUUUGAAAUUUGAGAUAGAUAAAGAGCAAUUGACAUCAUCCGACGAUGGACUUGUUGUUCAUUAUUGUACGAAUGGGAGUAUUCCGACAUCUUUAGAAUUUCCAAGUGGAAUAGAUUUGGUUGGGUAUGUCUUAAAGAGAGAAGUGAAAGACGCACAUUUAUAUUCUGCAACGAGCGAAUUGAUGACAUCGUAUGCCUCGAACACAUAUGUCAUUCUUGGCGACAUGAAACACGAGAAGGUAAUGGAAGAUGCCAUAUUCAAUUUCACACAGACUAAAGUUGUCAGGUUUGGGAAGGUGAACACGAAGAUCUAUGAUCCUUUGUAUAACACUUUCUAUGGGAUUAACAAAGAUUUAGAAAAGCCAAAUGGAUUCUUUUAUACCAUUAACGAAUUUAAUAACCUCUUCAAUGACAAAUUCCACUUGAAAAGUGUCUUCGAAGACCAAAACUUGCAAUUUGAGGAAAACAACAAUUUCGCAAAGCUCAACAAAGUUAUACAAAAACACUUGGAAGACGCAAAGAACGUUUGGAAGUUUAGCGGCAACGCAACGACAGUGUAUAUGAGAGUUGUCGCAGAUCUCAAAAAUCGAACAUUUGAAUUCUGCGAGAUGGACACCAUCUCAAACAAAAGCACACAUAUAGAAUACCCAAGCAAGGGCGAGGCAUACAACAGAAACGUUUACUUCUUGAACUCAUGUGGGAAAGACUACUUCACGAAGGAGUCCGUCUGUAAAUUCACACACUUUGCAGAGAGGGGUAAAGACGCCGAGAUGGUCGAUCUUUCUCUUUUGCGAGCGACACGACCGAUACCGGUAUACCUCCAACAUUUGAAAGGAAAGGGAACUCAUCUCACUACCGAUAUCACUACCUUCAAUUUUAAUACAACAAAUAAGACGGACGUUUAUGCAGUAUAUACUGUACCACAGGGAAUCUUUAUUGAUAAAUACCAAAUGCUCGAGAUUGAGAGGAGACAAAAGGAGAUUGCUGUGUUCAUGUACGAACCAAUGGACUUGGAGGCACCAAUUUUGACAGGACGAAUGGCACACGUCAUCACAAAAAAUCUCAAGAAAGUCAAGUCGAUUGAAACACGCCAAAUACCGAUCCAUUUGCGGUACCACAAAGCCCGAGCCAAUGAUUUGUUCGAAGAGAAUUAUAUCUUCCCACCCCCAGAGGUCUUUUUUGCCUGUGACAAUUGCACUGAAGGAAGAAGUCUUGAAUCAGUUAAGAGAAGAGGGGAGAGGGGGUAUAAGAACACCCCUUAUUCAUGCGGAAUAAGUGAACCAGACCAAUUUUUAAGCCCAACAUGUAAACCACAAGUCUCGAAAUAUAAAGUACCUGUCGGCCAAUUAAAUAUGUUUGAAAAAGUCAUGCAAGUCACAUUGGGAACUACUCUGGUUGGAGCUCUCAUUUUGAUCAUCUUUUUGAUCGUCUUUUAA